AUGCUAGCACUCGCCGGCAUGGCAGGACGCGGACGUCAAACGUCGUUGAUGGGCUUGUACUAUCUAGGAUGGCCCAACCAAUGGGUAUGGGCAGACAUCCCUCGAUCUGAACUGCGAGCACCAGCUUGGGACGGGGCUGGGGCCGGAGGCGACACUGGAGCAAGAUACCACUGGAAAGCAAACUCCUUCUCCCCGAUUCGUCAGCGUUCCAUCGAGAUUGCAUUCACGCACGAUCAUUCCAGUAUGGCCAACUGGUGGAAUGACACAGCGUUUUCUCUCGGCGACUCUGGUCCCUACUGGGUGAAAGGAGCACGCGUUGGAUACAAUUCGUCAAGCUCCUUCGGAGAUCUUGGGUGGGUCAAGAACCCUUUCAAGGGCCUCGUUCCCAACCCGUACGCGAUGCCCGAGAUGAAGGAAACGCUGCCCGCUGUGAGUAUGGAAGAUCCUCUGCAGUAUUGGGGAAAGAUCUUUCCGGUGUAUAAGGGAUAUUCGUCCAACCUCUUUGGAAAUUCCAGCGCAGAAGGCGAGGAGGAGGCGGCGGAGGGGGAGGGCGAGGCUCAGCCUGCAGAGCAAGAAGAGGCUUCGCCCGAGGAGGCGCAGGAGGAAGAGAACCUGCCACCAGCACGUGUGUUCGGAAGCGAGAACCCAAUGAUCUUCGGAGACCUCGAGCCUGUGGGUGGAUUUGCGCAUAUUCCGUUGCAAUUCAAACCUGCUCGUUGGUAUCGUCGGAGAUACUCGUCAUUCCGAAAGUUCUAG